GAAGCUCCAGUCGCAACAACAGGGCGCGCACCCAUCUCCAGUUGCGCCUGCGCGUCGGGCCCCUGCGGGUUAUCAAGGCUUUUCCUUCUAGUAUACCCAGCAAGCGGACGCGAAGCUCGUUCUCCAGCGCUCGCUCUCGUGCGCGCCCGCGUGCCCGGGAGGCGUCUGCGCAGAGGGAAGAGGAAACUGGUGCCCCAGCGCAGUCCCGGCGCCUGCGCGCCGUGGGUUUCGGGGCCUCCCGGCCUGAGGGAGAAAAGCAGGGAAGAUGGCGGCUGUGGUAGAGAAUGUAGUGAAGCUCCUUGGAGAGCAGUACUACAAAGAUGCCAUGGAGCAGUGCCACAAUUACAAUGCCCGUCUCUGUGCUGAGCGCAGCGUACGACUGCCUUUCUUGGACUCACAAACUGGAGUAGCCCAGAGCAACUGUUACAUCUGGAUGGAAAAGAGACACCGAGGUCCAGGAUUGGCCUCUGGACAGCUGUACUCCUACCCUGCCCGGCGCUGGCGGAAAAAGCGGCGAGCCCACCCCCCUGAGGAUCCACGGCUUUCUUUCCCAUCUAUUAAACCAGACACAGACCAGAACCUAAAGAAGGAGGGGUUGAUCUCUCAGGACGGCAGUAGUUUAGAGGCACUGUUGCGCACUGACCCCCUGGAGAAACGAGGUGCCCCAGAUCCCCGAGUUGAUGAUGACAGCCUGGGCGAGUUUCCUGUGGCCAACAGUCGAGUGCGGAAGCGGAUCCUAGAACCUGAUGACUUUCUGGAUGACCUUGAUGAUGAGGACUAUGAGGAAGACACUCCCAAGCGUCGAGGCAAGGGGAAAUCCAAGGGUAAGGGUGUGGGCAGUGCCCGUAAGAAGCUGGAUGCUUCCAUCCUGGAGGAUCGGGACAAGCCCUAUGCCUGUGACAUUUGUGGGAAACGUUACAAGAACCGACCAGGCCUCAGUUACCACUACGCCCACUCCCAUUUGGCUGAGGAGGAGGGGGAGGACAAGGAAGACUCCCAACCACCCACUCCUGUUUCCCAGAGGUCAGAGGAGCAGAAAUGUAAGCUGAGGAGUUGGUCUGUUUACAAACCCCUUUUCACAGGGAUGAGACUCAGGGACAUUGUCUCAGUUCCCUUUCUCUCUGUAGCCAAGAAGGGUCCCGAUGGACUGGCCUUGCCCAACAAUUACUGUGACUUCUGUCUGGGCGACUCAAAGAUCAACAAGAAGACAGGACAGCCUGAGGAGCUAGUGUCCUGUUCUGACUGUGGCCGCUCAGGGCAUCCCUCUUGCCUCCAGUUCACCCCUGUGAUGAUGGCGGCGGUGAAGACCUACCGCUGGCAGUGCAUUGAGUGCAAGUGCUGCAACAUCUGUGGCACCUCUGAGAACGAUGACCAGCUACUCUUCUGUGAUGACUGUGAUCGUGGCUACCACAUGUAUUGUCUUACCCCAUCCAUGUCUGAGCCUCCUGAAGGAAGUUGGAGCUGCCACUUGUGUCUGGACCUGCUGAAGGAGAAAGCUUCCAUCUACCAGAACCAGAACUCCUCUUGAUGUGGCCACCUUCCUGUUCCCCACAUGUCUAUAACUGUUUCUAUCCUCCACCAUGUUUUUCAUACCCACUUUUCCCUUCUUCCUCUUCUCUUUCACAAGUCCAGAGAACCUUGGGGUGGUUGUGCCAACCUGCCUUUGGCAGCAGCAAGCUGAGGUGGCAGCUGUGACUGCCUCUGGCCCCAGGCCCUCAGGGAGAAAGAAGCAGCACACUGCCCCAAGACAUAGCUGUGGGCCCAGCUUCUCUCUGCUCUCCAUGAAGUGCAUUCACUCUGCUUGCCUUGGGCCCAGGCCCUAGUGAUCACAGGGUUCAAAUAGUGUCCUCUGAGAAGGAGUGGGGGAGCAUCUCACUUCUCUCUGCUCUCCUUCCACCCUGGUCUCCAGGCUUUUCUCCCAAAGGUGAGCUAGGCCAGACCCUCUUUGCCAAGAGCAGAGGGAGUGAGCAAGCUGAGGCUGUGCUCAUAAGGAGCUUUCCAUGCCCUUUGUGCAGCUUAGCCUAGCCUCUUCCCUCCAGAGCGACUCUCUGUGGCCCUCUGUUCCUGCUACACAGGGUCCUUUGCCUGAGCCAGGAUGUUCUGUCACUUUCCUGGCUCUGCCCUGUCCCACUCCACUCCACCCCACCCAGAGGGAGUAAUAGUUUCACCCUCUUCCCUCUGCUCUCCUGGCUCAUUCUCAUGAGUAGUCUCUAGUGACCGAAGCAUUCCCUACUCUCAGAAUUCCCCACCUUCUGCCUCCCCUCCUUACUACCUUUGGUUUUGUGGGGAGAGGAGAAGCAUCAGGGGGCCAGGUCAGCAGCUUGGGGCCACAGGGAGAUGUUGGAUAAUGUGCCUGUUUUUUAACAUGAUGAAAAAGCCUACCUCCAAAAUCCCCUUUUUGUUCUUCCUGGACCUGGGCAUUCAGCCUCCUGCCCUUAACUGAAUUGGGGGCCUCAGCCUCCUGCCCUGUGAUUCCUGACUGUGGGAUGACAGGGAAGCCACAUAGACAUCCCAUUCUUCCCUUGCACGCUCGCUAGCAGCUGGUAAGGUCUUCACCCUGAUUCCUCAAGUUUCCUGCUUAGUGGCACUGACAUUAAGUACUAGGGGGUAGUCCAUGAGAAACCCUGGAAUGGCCUCCCCCUUGGCUGUGGGCAGGCCCAACCCACUGUUGCUUUGGAGUUGAGGUGUCUCUUUUUUCUUUAGUUCCUGUAUUCUAAACAUGGGUAAAAAUAAACAUUUUUACACAGA